UUGCUGCUCCAAACCUCUACGAAUUGACGACGACCUUGGCGGGAACGAGGAGGGCGAGGAGCUUGCUAGAAGCAACCAAGGACAAGGUCUUGUUGGAGUAGUUAGUACCUCUAACAUUCAUCCACAUCUUGGUGACGAGUCGGGCACAUCAUCGGUCAGCGACAGAGCUGGGGACUACGCGAGUGACGAGUGUAGCAGCAGAGACGAUAUGUCUGCAGAAAGUGACGCCGACCCGGCGUACGAGGUAGGGAAGCCCGGUUACGGCGGGUAUGAGGCUGUGACGGAGCUGCCGCGCGGAGGGUUUGUGGUGGCAACCGAGUCUGCGGGCAACAUCCAGUUUGUGCUUCCACCCGAGACUGUGAAAGACACGAUGAACCUCAAGAUUGCGACGCCCGAGCACUACGUGUUCUCUGAGCGGCGGUUCGACAAGAUGCACGGGAUCAACCUCGGCGAGUUUGAGUUUCCCACGUACUUUAACUUUUUCAUCAAGCGUCGGCAGAUCAACCUCAUCUGCACGGCCGAGGGCGAGGCUGCGGUCCGGCGCAUUUUCCAGGAGACGCUGCUUGGGCCCGAAGUCAUUGACAACGCGGACGAGUUUGGCCCGGCGACGCCCGAGGAGGACCGGCCGGACCUGCGCAAGGAGCUCGACUACUUUGCACACAAUCCGUUCAAUCCGAGCGAGAUGAUGAAGAUCGACGACCUGCUCCGGUUCACGACGUUUGACGACGACGGCGUGGCUGUGGUUGAAGGCGUGCAGAUCAUCCACGACGGCGAGAACUACCGCGUGGAGGAGGAGGGCAAGCUGGUGGCGAUUGUGCCCGAGUUUGUGCACAUUGAUGUCGAACGAGCGGUGGCAGCAUCGCAGCAAGAGUCGUCAGCAGAGAUGUCACACCCUGUGGUGUUUGACCCACCGUCGCUCGGGGUGACAAUGCUCGGGACGUCACAUGGGUUUGACCCUAUCGGGUGCACGACGGGCAUGGUUGUGUGGAUCAAUGGGCGCGGAGUGGUGGUCGACCCACCGCCGCACUUUUCGCUCCACCUCAAGCGCAACCACACGCCGGCGGCGCUCAUCGACGCAGUCAUUCUCUCGCACUGCCACGCCGACCACGACUCAGGCACGUUCCAGCGGAUCAUCGAGGAGACCAAGGUGGUGGUCAUGACAACGCCGACCAUCAUGAACUCGUUUGUUCGCAAGUACUCGGCCAUCACCCGGCUACCAGAGGACUUUUUCUGGACACUCUUUGAGUUCCGACCGGUCAAGAUCGGCGAGCCGGUGAGGUUCCGCGGCGGCGAGUUUGUCUUUCACUACUCGCUGCACUCGAUCCCGUGCAUCGGCUUUUCGCUCCAGUAUGGCGGUAAGUCAUUCAUUUUCUCGGGAGACACGUGCAACGACCCAGAGCGGCUGCGCGGCAUGUACGAGGCCGGCGUUCUUUCGCGGGGGCGAUUUGAGCAGUUGGUCAACUUUGAGUGGCAGCACGACCUCAUCUUGCACGAGGCCGGCGUGCCGCCCAUCCACACCCCGCUCACCACCUUCCACCCGCUCUCGGACGAGAUCAAGCACCGGCUGCUUCUGGUGCACACGGCAAAGAAGGACGUGCCGCCCGAGACCGGACUCUGCACGGCCUCGGCGGGCAUCGAGCACACGGUCCGGCUCGACGUCGACGAGUCGCCACACCGUGAGGCCAUCAUGCUCAUGGACCUGCUCUCGUCGAUCGACCUCUUCCAGCACUUGCCCUUGGCGUACUCGUCGACGCUUCUGCACGCGGCGCGGCGGAAGACCUUUGAAGCUGAAGAGUAUCUGGUGCGGCAGGGCGAGGAUGGCGACACGUUCUUUGUCAUGUCGUCGGGUCUGGUGUGCGUCGAGGUCAACGGCCGCCGGCUCGACAAGACCUUUACCACCGGCGACUACUUUGGCGAGAUCUCCGUCUUUUCGCGCGACAAGCGGACGGCGUCGAUCAUCGCCCUCACCAACGCCGUCAUCUACGAGUUUGGCGGCAACGAGCUCUUUGAGCUCCUCUCCGACGCCGGCGCCAUUGACCGCCUGCGAAACGUCGCCGAGAUGCGCCAGGAGCACUCGUGGGGCGUGAUUGCCGGUAACUCGGUCCUCGCCCGGCUCACCUCGAACCAGAAGACCCAGUUGCAGGGCAUUCUCGAGCGCUGCACGGCCGUGCCCGGCGAGGCGCUGUGGUGCGAGGGCGACGCCUACGAGCACUGUGUCCUGCUCGACGACGCCCAGCUGACCCUCACCUACCCGACCAAGACCACCCUUUCGGCGUCGUCGUCGCUGGCGCUCCAGGGCCAGACCUCGACCCGCACCUUUACCCGCUCGGCCUUCCUCUGCGAACUGUCGGCCCUCGAGGCCGCCCACACCGGCAACGUCUCGGCCGCCGUCCACACUACCGGGCUCGUCAACUCGAGCGAGUCCGAUGCCGUCUACUUUCGCAUCUCGGCCGCGGCCAUGUCCGACUACCUGGCGCGGAAUCCCGGGCUCAAGGUUGCCCUCUGGCACGAGUACUGGCUGGUGUAAACACACGAGUGAACUGCAA